CGAAGAAACGUUGACAACAAGAAUUUGUACUGUCAGCGUAUUUGUGUUUUUACUUCUUUUAGUGAUACAAAAUGGCCAAAACUUGUCCACAUUGUGGUUCAAACGCUUUAGAAUUUGAGGAGGAGAAAAGCACGGAAGUCUGUUCACARUGUGGCGUAGUAUUCAAAGAGGGAAGUUUUGAAGAUGGAGUUGGUAUGCAUGACUCUCCUACUACUUUUGGCAGUAGACUUACUAAUGAAAAUAUUACCGGCCAGUUGAACUGGAGAACAUUAUCUUGGAUGUCUAAUGUUCACGGAGACGGCUCAAGUGGUCAAAUGAAAAAAAGAGUGAGCGAGCAAAUAGAGAGAUUGCAUCUCCCUGAAGACUACGUCCCUCAAGUUGUGGAAAUGAUGAAAAGUAUAUUUUAUCCGACAAGAAAAAUGGAGGGUUUGCCUAGAACAUUAAAGCCAUCGAUUGCAGCCUGUAUUUAUAUUAUUAGUCGGCGUAAUGGAGUGCUCAUACGUUACCGAAACGUAGCAGAGGCAUCUCGUUGUAAAUACUCUACCGUGUUGAGAUGUAUCAGGAUGAUUUCGAACUAUUUAAACAUUUCUGUUAACCAUGAAGAGCAAACUGAUUUUUUGGGUGCUAUUUUAUCUCAGUUUGAUGUGAAAGAUCCACUUGUCAAAGAGCUUGCUUAUGAUUUGGAUAAGUUUUGCAGUGAAACACUGAUUGGUGUAGGCAGAAGUAAAUUAUUAACAAACAUUGGAAUAGCUCAAAUGUGCAUUGAAAGUGUCCAAGGAAGUCCAGUUGAUGAUGAAAAGUUCAARGAAGUGUGUAAACAAAAUGUGUGCAUUCCACACAAUGUGAGACAAUGCUUCAGUAACAUUAAGACUGAACUUGUGAAGUAUGGUAAGCAGAUACCAUGGAUAAAAAACCUGACUAAAAGAAAUGUUGCCAAGUUCAUUAAAGAAAUMAUAUCAUAUUAUAAACAGUGUGAAGACCACUGUAGUGUUAAUGUUAAGUUAGAAUGGGAGAAAAAGAAAGAGAAUGAUGAAUUACAGAAAGAAACUCGUGUUCAUAAUGCAAGAAAAAGAGUCAAAGUGUGCCAGGAGAGAUGCUGUAAUAAGAAACCUCUCRCUGAUGAUGAAAUUCUCCACAAAGAAUGCAAACUCUCUCAAUCAAUACAUGCUAGAGUCUUACGAGAAAAUGCAUCAGAGUGCAAAUCUUCCUGUGGGCACACUUGUUGUCCACAUUGCUGUGGUGAUACUGACUGUGAAUUUGGCAAGAUCAACGGCAAGUCUGGUUUUUGUGAUUUAACACGUAUUGAUUUAGUGAUGGAGUAUUUGAUAAGAAAAGGUUAUACAGAUGCACAAAUAAUGAGUGGAAAUCCRGAGUCCAUGUUCUGUUUAGCGUUUUAUCAUUCAGAUGAAGAUGGAGAACGAGAGGAGUUGAAUGAUAAAGAUAUUUCUGACAAGGACAUGCAUUUAUAUAUCAAAUCUGAAUCGGAAAUCUUUCAGUCUGAAAUUCAUUCUAAGUUUAUGAAARUAAAAGAAGAUGAAGAAUGAUUUCUAUUUAGAACUUUGUGACAAGAAGAAYAUUGAGUGAAAAAUCAGAGGUAAAAUUUGUGUGACAAAGGAGGAAAAUAACAUUUAAAAAGAAAGAAAACUUUAUAAAUUGUAUAUUUUUUACCUUUACUGAAAAGAAUUACCAAAUUACCAUAGACAUUAUAUCCCAUUUYGUUAAGAUUUGUUACUGAUUGUGGCUAUUGCUGAUUGGAUGCUUUUUGAAUUAAAUGAAUUACUAGUAAAAGUAACAUAUAGUGGUGGGUUUGUAGUCUUUUGGUUCAUGUUUCAUCUUCUCUAGAUUWUAUAUAUAUUUUACUAUAUUUCACUAGAAUGCAAGGUAUAUUGAGUUAAAUGAUGAUAUGUACUGUAAUUAACAUUAAAUUUUAUAAAAAGUAAAAAAUAAAAAUAAAGAA